GCGUCAGAGAGAGCGGGCUGCGAGCAGCUUUUCACAAACACGCAAAGAAUCGACAAGGUUUAGACCAAAACAUUAAUUUUGAAAAAAAAGUAGCAGUAUCACCCCGACAAAGUGCCAGUUCAUGCCGGUGUCAUUUUCACAGUGUAGUUUGCAUAGAUACCGUCCAUGCUUCCGGCCAGUUUUUUUUAUAACUUGUAGGCUAUGCUUAUAAUGCAAGUUAACUUUUACUUCCUUGUACACACAGAUAGAGGAACUGACCGUUUUGCGGCUGGUCUUUUUUUGUCAACAGUCUAUAUCAAAGCCAGCUUCAUUUCAUAACUUUCAAAUGAUGAUCUGAUAGAAAACAAGCGGCGACUUUUAAGAUCCGAAUAGAAUCGAUUUCACCUGUAAAGCUGCAGAGAUGGCUUGUUGGGGGCAGCAGGGUGAGAUGACGGAGUACAAGAAGAUUCUGAUCAAACGAGACAUGGAGAUGGGCGUGGUCAUGACGGUGUUUCGGCAGAAGGCUGAGCGGCUCACCGUGCAGGUGAUCAUGGAGACCCGUCAGGUGGCAUGGACACGCACUGCAGACAAGACUGAUGGUGUCUUGGACCUGUUUGAGAUCAGAGAGGUUCGUCCAGGGAGGAACUCCAAGGACUUUGAGCGCUUUAAAGAUGGCAAGGACAAACACGAUGAAAAUACCUGCUUCACAAUUUUCUAUGGCUCGAUGUUUGUUCUCAACACCCUGAGUCUAGGAGCUGAUUCUGUGGAAGAGGCACAAAAAUGGCUGAUGGGACUAGAAUUGUUGAGACAAGAGACACUGGCAGCUCCCACUCCGGUUAUUAUAGAGAGCUGGCUGAGGAAGCAGAUGUAUUCUGUCAAUCAGACCAAAACAAACAGCAUCUCUGUAAAAGAGCUGAAGGCUCUGCUUCCUUUGCUCAACUACAAGGCCCCCAGCUCCCGUGUUCUCAAAGAUAAAGUCCAGGAAGUGGGAGCAAAGAAAGACCGCCUGGAUUUCGAACAGUUUCAUAAGUUGUACAAUCAUAUAAUGUUUGAACAGAAGGAGAUCCUUGAUGAGUUCAAAAAGGAAUCCUGUGCUUUCAUUCUGGGUAACACAGAUAAACCAGAUGCCUCAGCAGUCCUACUGCAUGACUUCCAACGGUUCCUCAUCUACGAACAAAAGGAAUUGUGGGCCAAUGAUCUGAACCAGGUCAGAGAGCUGAUGACCACCUUCAUUGAUGACACCAUGAGAAAAACCAAUGAUCCCGUGUUCACUGUCAGCGAGUUCCUCAGCUUCCUGUUUUCCAAAGAGAACUCUGUGUGGGAUGAGAAGUUCUCAGAGAUCAGCAACCUGGACAUGAACAACCCUCUUUCCCAUUACUGGAUCAGCUCCUCACACAACACCUACCUGACAGGCGAUCAGCUUCGCAGUGAGUCAUCCACAGAGGCUUAUGUGCGAUGUCUGCGUCUUGGAUGCCGCUGUGUUGAAUUGGACUGCUGGGAAGGGCCCGGGGAGCCGAUCAUCUACCAUGGCUGGACCAGGACAACCAAGAUCAAGUUUGAGGAUGUGGUCAAAGCCAUUAAUGAUCACGCUUUUGUCACAUCAGAGUUUCCAGUGAUCCUGUCCAUAGAGGAGCACUGCCCUUUAGAGCAGCAGCGUCAGAUGGCUCGUAUCUUCAAAGAAGUGUUUGGAGACAAACUACUGACUGAACCUGUCGAGCAGAUGGCUGAGCAGCUGCCCUCGCCUACACAGCUGAAAGGCAAGAUCAUACUCAAGCACAAGAAGCUCAGUGUGGAGGGACCAGGAAUCAGUAAAGACUUCAGGAAGGGACAGAAACAGGGAGACCUGGAGAUCUGGGAUCCUGUGGAUCAGCGGUGGAACAACCACUACUGUGUGAUCUCUGAUGACAAGCUGUACUAUGCAGAGGAGUACGAGCAGGAGGAAGAAGAUUCCAGAAAGCACCAGGACCUGCAUACUUCAGAGCCAUGGUUUCAGGGUCGUAUGAAGGAGGGCAGGCUGAUGGCCGAGCACCUAAUCCACGACUACUGUGCAGAGAGAGUGGGAAGAGAUGGCACUUUCUUAGUGCGAGAGAGUGAUACCAACGCCACAGGCUGUACCCUCUCCUUCUGGCGCAAUGGGAAGGUCCAGCACUGUCGCAUUCGCUCGGGUUCAGAUGGGAAAAACGUGUACUACUUCCUAACACCAAACCUGCACUUUCCCAGCGUGUACUCCCUGAUCCAGCACUACAGAGAGAACCCGCUGCGCUGCCAAGACUUUGAACUGCGCCUCACCGAUGCUGUACCACAGCCAAACCCACAUCUACAUGAAGGGUGGUUCUACAGUAACCUGAGCAGGGGUCAGGCAGAGGAUUACCUGCUGAGGAUCCCCAGAGAUGGAGCUUUCCUCAUCCGACAGAGAGAAGGGGAACCAGACUCCUUCGCCAUCACAUUCAGAGGUGAUGGUAAGGUGAAACACUGCCGGAUCCAGAAAGAGGGCAACAUGUACCUGUUGGGCACCACUACAGAGUUUGAGAGCCUGGUAGAGCUGGUCAACUAUUUCAAAAAGAAACCGCUGUAUCGCAAAAUCAAGCUACGUUACCCAGUCACUCCCGAGCUGGUCGACCGCUUCAGCACGGAGAAAGACUGUGCCUCUCUGUAUGCAGUGAAAACAUACGUGGAGCCCAAUGAGAUUGAACCCUCACUGCCUCAAAGUACAGUUAAGGCUGUGUAUAGCUAUCAAGCCAAAAGGUCAGAUGAGCUCAGUUUCAGUACAGGAGCUUUGAUACACAAUGUCACAAAAGAGAACGAUGGGUGGUGGAAAGGUGACUAUGGUGGAAAGGUGCAGCUGUUCUUCCCAUCUAACUAUGUAGAGGAAGUGUCCAACAACACUAAACCUGAGACCAAAGACCAGGACAUGGAAGACAACCCACUUGGUGAACUAUGUCAGGGUGUUGUGGACAUCUCCAAGUGCAACAUUCAAAACUUGAAGAAUGGUAAAAAUGGGAAGCCUCACGUGUUGACCCUGCAGGACACAGAACAGGACAGUCUGCAGUUUGACCUGGCAGCAGGCUCUCUGGAGGAGUUGUUUGAAUGGUACCAGGUGGCCUGGAACAUUACUCAGAGAGAGAUGAGCAAGCAAUACAAAAGGGAGCAAGAGAUCAAACAGCAGGAGGAAGUGGAGAAGAAGGCGGAGGUUGCCAUGGAGAUGUCAGACCUGGUUGUCUACUGUCAGCCACGCAGCAAGGAGAAGGACCGCUUUGAGAACUACAGCUACAAAGAGGUCCGCUCCUUUGUGGAGAACAAGAUACCAGGAAAGAGCCGCACCAAAGACUUCCUGCAGUACAACCGCAAAGCACUGAGUCGGAUCUAUCCAAAAGGUCAACGUGUGGAGUCCUCCAACUAUGACCCUUACCCACUGUGGGCAGUUGGCUGUCACAUGGUGGCUCUCAACUUUCAGACAGCAGAUAAAAACACCCAGCUGAACAGCGCCCUCUUCAGUCUGAAUGGGCGUACAGGUUAUGUGCUGCAGCCAGAGCUCAUGCGCCAUGACAGCUAUGACCCUCAGCAGGAGAAGAAGAAGGUCAAGUACAACAUCGAUGUUAGGGUUGUUGCUGCCAGACACCUUCCUAAGCCUGGCCGCAGCAUCGCCAGUCCAUUUGUGGAGGUCGAGCUAUGUGGACACACAGAAGAGAAGUUCAAGACCAUCGUCUAUCGUGAUAACGGUCUGAACCCGGUGUGGAAAGCCCCUGCAGAGCCGAUGACCUUCACCGUGCACGAGCCCGAACUCACCUUCUUGCGCUUUGUGGUCAAUGAGGAGGACAUGUUCUCAGACCCCAACUUCCUAGCUCAGGCCACAUUUCCUGUCAAAGGCAUUCGCUCAGGCUACCGCUCUGUUCCUCUAAAAAAUGGCUACAGUGAAAACUUAGAGUUGGCCUCUCUGCUGGUCCACAUCAACGUAAAGCAAGCAGGGCGAGCGGAGGAGGAGCUGUACUCAUCCUCCAGCCAGCUCAGGAAAAAGCAGUCUGAGCUUAGCAGUGAACCAUUCCUGUACGACACACACACCAACAUUCAGCGCUCCACCACCCCUCGCCAACAAAACCACCUCCUGAGGGAGUUCAGCACCAGUGAAAAACACAAGCAAAAGAAGACGAACAACAGUAAGUUCUACUCCUGAGGACUCCUGAGCAGAACUUCACCUGUCCACAUCCUCCCUGUCUGAGCACUGGAGAAAUGGUUGCAGAUCUAAUGUCACCUCUAUCUGCUUACUGAAAGAUUUGUGAUCUGUGCUUUUUCAUAUCAAAAAAUGACAAAAAUCACAUGUUCCCUCAAAUUAGUUUUUAUUUAUUUACUAUAAGAUAAUAAACUUAUGGCCUAAAUAUUCUCUCAGGUGUAAAAAUAUUGGAAUAUGUUAACAUAAUUCUCUGGCAAAUGUAGGAAACCAUUCAUUUAAGUGGGUGAAGCAGGCUGAGAAAGGAUGAACCGUGCAACUCCUUUAUGACAGAUGAGAUGAGAGGCUGCAACAUUUCCUCUGCGAGGUCCCCACAGCCAGUUUAGCGUUCAACAAUUCUGCAUUCACUCUGAAAUCAAACUAUACAGAAUAUUUAUUUUCUAUUAAAGAGGAGUGCCCGCUAACUGAAGUAAUUGUUUCACUGCAGCAUAGCAGGACUUCUUUUGCCAAGGAGCUUGUGUUGAAUGAAUCUUUUUUGUGUCUAAUUUUAAAUACUAAAACCACUGAAAUGGAGCCAAUAUACAGGUUGCUGUUUGAGUCUGAUGACAUGAAACUUUUUAUUGUUGUGUAUUUUCGCUAGUGUGAGAGUUUUUCUGUGUGGUAACGUGUUGCAUCAUUAAAGAGUCAGUUAAAUGAAAACAGGUGGCUUAAUCCAAUGUGACAAAAACAGUUAUUUAAUUUGAUGUUUACAGCUUUCCUGUAAAUCAUCACUGACCUUAUGAAUAGAGACAAUAAAGUUUGCUUGGUGAACUAUAUCAUAUUUUUCUAUUUCAUCUUACUUUCUUAAUAUGCUUUCUUGUUGGAUUUUAAUUGCUUUCAUAUUGUAUAUUCGUGCUGUUAAGGCUAUCCAAUGAGUUGGUAAUUGUGGCAUGACAUAAUAUGCCAAUAUUUUUGUUUUCUUUGUAAAUUUUGUUCUCUUUUCCUCCUACUUUUCCAUUCCGACCUUCCUCCCUCCUCUGAUGGAUGGCUGUUCACCAGCUUCUGCCAACUCCAACUCUGCCUACAUGCUGGUAUCAAGCGACAUUUUCAACCAGCAUCAACUAAUUAGUAAAUGCAAAUGAUGCAACUGUGAAAAAAUAAACAUGAAUGUAAAACCUGCGCUGAUAAUGACCUUUAAUGACACUUUACUGAUGCUGUGGAUUUAAUAAAGUGCACUGCUUUAGAAAACCGGUCAA